AACCAUCAUGGCACUCAGCGCUGUCCAUGUGAGCGCGGAGGUGCAUAUGCUCUGUCUCAGCUACAGUUUGUGUACAGAAAAAGAAGAAACUCUUGCUCUACUUCUCGGUACCUAUUAUGAAGAAAAUGGCAAAGACUUUGCAAAUGUGGACCGCUGCCUUAUUUUGACUCGCAAAGAUAAGCGGAAAGACCGAGUUGAAAUCAGCGACGAACAGCUCAGUAAUGCAAUAGAGGAAGCGGAGGCUACAGGAACAAAGGUGGUUGGUUGGAGUCAUAGUCAUCCGCACAUCACGGUAUUUCCGUCUCAUGUUGACUUGAAUACGCAACGAUCGAUGCAGUUACUGGACAAUCGGUUCUUUGGUCUGAUAUUUUCGUGUUUCAACACUGACUCCACUCUGGCGGAACGUAUCCAAGUAACGUGCUUCCAAGCCGGGAGCGAUGGAAGCCGGAUCUCGAUCCCUCUAUUGAUUAUGCCUCGAGAUCCUUUCAUAACACAGCAAACCCUAACCCAGCUGGUAGAGAAACUGCCAACGACGCUCCUGCGAGAAGAGCGUGAAGCGUACGAUCGCUGUACUAGCAUGCAUCACGAGCACGAUGAUGAUGAUACACACGCGGGUGCAGAUGAAAUAAUAGCAGCAUCAUUUCACGGAGGCUUGCUGGUGCGAUCCCUUGCCUUGUUACUUGAUAGGUUGAUUUCCCCACUUGUGCAAUUUUGUGUAGACCGGCAUGAACGCAAUCUCAAGGAGAUCCAAACGCUGAAAGAGUCAUCAAAUGAGGAAAGCAGCUGUUAGGAAUCGUAACGACCCACAACACUGCAAUCGCUCAGGAUGAAGGCAGAGUUGUACAGAGGUUGUUGCUGGUGCCGUCGUGUCAUGAGACAUUGGAAGUAGGUCGACGCACGCUUUGACUCAGUAAGGGUCGCUGUUCCACCAUUGCUUCAAUGUUUUCGUCAAACGUGGAUGCAACUAGUGGGGUCGGUCGGCGUUAAUAUGUAUCUGCGCAAGCGCUCACGUGCCUGUGGCUCUCACCUGGUAACAAUAAUUGCAUAUCGUCUCUGUGGACGCUGGAUUGUAAUAGCAAGUUUAUAAGAAUGAUACAAGGCGUACCACCUUCAGUCGCGCGUUUGAACCCACCCCAGUAACGACACCAAAGUCUCGAAACCGAUCGAGGGAUUGCUGGCAAGAGUUACUGACAGCAGGAUGCUCUUGUUGUAUAUCUCCUGCAGUUGGUCCUCCAAGA